AUGACAAUAAGGACACUCCGAGACCAUGGUCAGCAUUACCGACCACGAAUGGCCUGUUUAAAUAAGGCCGAGGCUCUGGUGGUUGAGAUGCAGGACCAAAAAAAUGGAGUGAAGGCGUCGGAGCAGAAACUGAACGUCACCACGAUCCCCCAUGUUAUGUCUGGUCAAGACAUCCUGGCCUGGAUUGCCAAUCAUAUGAAAGUGGAUACCCAAGAGGCACAGGUUAUUGGCACCAUGUUAGUGGCAUAUGGUUACAUAUAUCCACUACAAGACCACAAAAAACUCGUCCUCAAACCAGACGGCAGUCUCUACCGCUUUCAGACCCCUUACUUCUGGCCGAAGCAGAAGUGGAAACCUGAGGACACAGACUAUGCAAUCUAUUUGGCAAAGAGAAACAUCCGGAAGAAAGGAGCGUUGGAUGUUUAUGAGCAGGAGGAGUACAACAAACUUCAUAAAUGGAUGAAUCACAAAUGGGAUUUUAUUGUCAUGCAAGCCAAAGAGCAAUACAAGGCAGGGAAGGAGAGGAAGAAGGCAGAUCGUGUGGUCCUGGACUGUCAGGAGAGAGCCUAUUGGAUAGUGAACAGACCUCCACCACGGACUCACAGCGCCUUGGAUUAUGGCAUAGAUCGUCUAAUUGACCCAAAUGCUGAUGAGGUAAAGAAAAAAACUCUUGACUACUACAGAAGAAUUAUCAUCUUCACACAGCAAGCCAUCAUGAGGUCAAGGGUCAAAUCGUCUGUGUCCCUCGGAGCCAUCGUCAAGUACGUGACCACAUUUAAGAACCAUGACCCCUUCCUGGCUCCGUGUCUCCCUAGCAACCCUUGGCAGACAGACGAUGAUACAUACUGGGAACUAAACAUGAGAAAUGUGGAAGUCCCUACAAAAAUGCGAGUGGAGCGCUGGUCUUUCAGCUUCUUUGAGUUGUUAAGCGAUCCACGCGGCCGUGCUGACUUUAAGGUUUUCCUGAAGAAGGAGUUCAGUGGUGAAAACUUGGCCUUCUGGGAAGCGGCUGAGGAAAUGAAAUGGGGAACGGCGGCUUCUAUGUCAGAGAAAGCUGAGAACAUAUUCAAAACCUUCCUGGCUCCUGGAGCUCCACGAUGGAUCAAUAUCGAUGGUCGCACCAUGGGGCUGACAGUGAAGGGACUGGAACAUCCCCAUCGCUACGUACUGGACGCUGCCCAGACUCACAUCUUCAUGCUCAUGAAAAAGGACACCUUUUACCGCUACCUGAAGUCACCAGUUUACAAGGAUAUCCAGAAAAAAGCGAUUUCACCUGCCCCCCAUAACUUUUCUGAUGCCCAACUGGAGCAAAAUGCCAAGAACCGCAAGCCAGGCAUCGAUCCCAUCAUUAUCUGGCAGCAGGAGGAGGAAGAGAAGGCCAAGGCGGCAGCUGCUGCAGGACCUAUCGACAUUAAGAAGCUUAUGCAAAACAAACUGGACCGCAAAUAG